GUUGCUGUCCAUCCCAGUCGGUUCCUCGCUUUCUCCCUCGUUGCACUUAGGGUUCUUGGUCUGAAUAUUCUCGCGCCGGAGGGUAAACCAGCCCAAUCAGCUCGUGACCACCUGUCCCCUCCUCCUUUGAUGGCAAAACCAGGCAACUGAGACGGUACAGCUCCCUCUAGCAAACCUAGGGUCGUGUACAUAGUGCCCGUCCACCUUUCUGAUGACGUCUGCCUCCUCGCACAAAGAUGAGGUAGGCAUUGCUGCCUACAUCGACGGUCGUGGAGGUCCGCGCAUGUGCACCAUUGUAUCCGGCGCACCAGUGCCGACCCAACUCCACCACUACGCACGCCUCGCGGCGGGUGCGCCGCAGCAAGAAGGUGCUGGUCCCUUAAGGGUGAGUCUAGCCCUGCUCGCUGUGGGCCAUGCCUAA